AUGGAAGCUCAAGAAAAAGCGGAUAAACGACAGGCUGAAUUAGAAUUGCGCCUUAAGAUACGCACACUUGAGAUUGAGGCUGAGAAACAAGUUAGGAUGCGACAGUUGGAAUUGGAUGCCAUGAAAAUUGUUGGUGGUGCAGCUGUCGCGCAGCCGGUUCCUCCUCCUCAAGUGAUGCCAGCUCCUUCUGCACAUGUGCCCUCGCGAGUUGCUAUGGCCUCUCCACCGGCAGGUGCACACUCAGUAGCGAGUACGUUUGAUGUUGGUAAAAAUAUCAUCCCUAACAAAAAUCUUAUUGAAAUACCACCGACUAAAAUGCUGCAUUUCUUUUAUUUAGUGGCUACUGCUGAGGAUCCAUCGGCAAUUACAACUAUUCAGUCAGCUGCUACGUUUUCCUCGGAACAGCCUAUAAAAUACCUCUUUAAGACAGAGGGAGCUGGGGGACAGGUGACAUAUCGGGUGAUUCAGGUUGCAGAUGGACAAUUAGAGGCUCAAUCAGAUGGCACCACUGCUGUCAGUGUUGUUGCUGGAAUUCCUGCUACAACACAGCCGGUUACACAGGCUGUGUUCUCACAGGCCGAAGCCUUAGAGGGAGAUGGCACAGAAACCCAUUACACCUAUUACCCUGCCACAAUUUCAGAGGCUGGAACAGGCACUAUGGUUACUGGUGUGCAGGCUUCUGACACAAUCCUCAGCCAGGGAACACCUACAGUUUCGUUUGUGCCGUCAGCGUGA